GAUCUAAUUUUAACUUUGAGCAUGGCAUGAGGCCCUCCACUGGCCGGAUUCGGAAGAUCACAUUGAGAUGAAGGACAUUGUGGGAAAAGAGUCAGGCUUCUUCAAGGAGCUUUACAAACAGUUCAGAAACAAGAUCACGCCAGAGGAGUUCAAGCUGUUCUCCGGCUUGAAGACCGAUUGUCAGAGGAUCGCCUUCGUCAGAGAGAGGAACACGCUUCAAUUCCCGAUCCGGAGUGAAAACGAUGCCAAGUCGCAGAAAGAAUCUCUAGCACUGAAAGACUUGGGCAACAAGGCUUUUCAAAAAGGUGACAACAAAAAAGCCCUAGAACUCUACACCGAGAGUAUCCUCAAGUUCCCAGAAAAUGGUGACAAAAGAGAGUUGGCGAUAAUCCGUGCAAACAGAUCUGCCGCACUUUACCAUUUGGAGUAUUAUCAACUUGCCAUUAAAGACAUCGACAUCGCAUCCUCAUUAAAUUAUCCGAAAGAGUUGCUUUUUAAAAUAAAAGACAGAAAAGCAUUAUGCCUAUUGGCCUUAAAACAACACAAAUCUGGUUUGUCAGCCCUACGAGAAACGAUUGUGGCACUCGAUGAUGCCAAGCUGCCAUCGGAGAAGAAGAUGAAAAAGCAGAAAGAUAUAGAAAUAAUGACAGCACUGAUGCUCAAGAAUAAACUUGUUGAUGAACCAACAGUCAAGAGUAAAAGACACAGCAAAAUGCCUGACAAGAGGAACCAGGUUUACAAAGCUGCUGCGGAAUCGGUGACGAUGCAGUACAACGACGUGAUGGGGCGGUUUGCGGUUGCAGAACAGGAGAUCGAUGUAGGCGAUGUGAUCUUAAGAGAAAGAGCUCACUGCUCUGUACUUUUGUAUGAAAACUCAAAAACCCACUGCUUCAACUGUUUUACCAGGGUCAAAGGCGGAGAACCGUGUCCUGGAUGUGCAAAUGUGAGAUUCUGCAGCGACCAGUGCAGUAAAGUUGCAAUGAAAACACAUCAUGGUGUCGAGUGUAAAAUUUUAAAAACUCUGUGGGAGUCAGGAGCAUCCGUCACUUGUUUUAUGGCUUUAAGGAUCAUAUCUCAGCAUCCCAUACAGUAUUUCCUUUCUCUAAAAACAGAUCUAAAGGGUGAUCUUGGAGUUUGGCUCGACAAAGAAUAUUGUGGCAUGAACUACUUGACCGUUUAUCAAUUGGUCACGCAUGAAAACAGAAGGACGAGUGAAGAUUUACUUCACAGAUCGUUCAUGGCGUUAUUUUUGUUGUCUUCGUUGAUAGCAGCUGGUUAUUUUGAAGGUCUGACAGAGUCCGAUCGUCCAGACGCUGAAAACAUGAUUGGUUUUUUAUUGCUCCGACAUAUACAGUUGCUUCAAUUCAAUGCUCAUGAAAUUUCCGAGCUGGUCGGAAAGAAUGAAAAGAAUUGUAGGAGUAUAUUUCUCGGAGCUGGUUUAUAUCCUACACUAGCUUUAUUUAAUCAUUCUUGCGAACCUUCAAUAAUCAGGUAUUUUGAGGGAACGACAGUUGUUGUGAGGGCCAUUAAAAAAAUUAAACCGGGUGAAAUGAUUGCUGAGAACUAUGGUCCGAUUUUUACCCAGAUGCCAAAGAAGGAGCGUCAAUUAACUCUAAGAAACCAGUACUGGUUCGACUGUGUCUGUGAGCCUUGCGAAAGGAACUGGCCUUUGCUUGACCACAUGGACCCUUCAAUACUGCGUUUCCACUGCGAGACGAAAAGCUGCGACAACGUAGUGAUCGUCCCCGUGAAUAGCAUGAAUUUUCUAAUACAAUGCAACAAAUGCGGGCAGCAAGUCAACAUUCUCAAAGGCCUCAAAGUUUUACAAGAUUCAGAGAGCUGCUUUAAAGUAGCGGAAAGUUUUUCAAUGGAAGGAUCUAUAGAAAAAGCAAUGGCAAAAUUUAUCGAACUGAACAAAAUGCUCUCAGAGGUCCUCGUCCCACCUUUUAAGGAUUAUUACGUUUGCCAGCAAAGUCUGAAAUACUGCUUUAUGUGUUUGGGGAACAGAACAGAGGAGCUGUGAUAUAAUAAAUUGCUUUAUAGUCCCAUAUUUGAAAUAAAAUUGUUAUGAGUCAUAA